AUGUCUGACAAAGUUUGGGGUGAUAAACCAAUAUAUUUUAAACAACCAAUAAGGUGGAUAAGAUAUCAUGCUCAUGUAAAUCCAGCAUUAUUUUUAUCAGUAUCAUUAGCAGCUGCAGCUCCAGUAUUAUUAUUGUUAACUCCAUUAAGAAGAAAAUUCUUGUAUCCAGAUCAUGAACCAAUACCUUUUGUUUAUCCAUUACCUACUAGACCAAGAGAUAAAGAUCUAAAAGGAUAUGAUGAUUGA